CACGAAGACCUCCAUGAUGGCCGAACAAAAUACAUUCCGGAGUUUGCGUGGUUUCAUUUUAACAUUGUUUAUAAGUCUGGUUUAAUAUUUAAAGUAUGAAAGUAGAUUAAUACGCCAUAUAAAAUAAUUUACUCAUUAGACGUGUUUUAUAAAAGCGUCUUUACGCGUAAUAAUUCGUCUGAAGCGGUGUAAACCCAGGGAAACUUUAUACCUGUCCAUCUUAAUUUAGUCCAUAGUUUGUUGUGUUGAGCGUCUCUGUCGGCUGCUGUUUAUUUGCGUCAUUAUAUCGUCGUUUUUUGCUUUUAUUAAGAUGAUUGAGGUGGUGGCCUCCAUGGCUCGGGGUCCUGUGUUCCUGGCCGGAGAGGUGCUGGAGUGCCUCAUCACCUUCACUAAUCCUAUGUCCCAUCUCUCUACCAGUGCAAGCAGUGAGAUGCUUGCAUGGGCCAGUGCUCAAAUCCACUGUCAGUUCCAUGCCAGCGAGAGCCGUGUGGCUUUGCCGACUCAGGGCACCAAGCAAGAUGUGCAGGCAGAGAAUGACACUGUGCUCAUCCCCAGCAGAGGAGAGCGAGGCCAGUGCAUGCUCGACACUCCACCCAAGAUCCUGUUCUGUGACCUGCGGCUAGACCCUGGAGAGAGCAAGACCUACACUUACAGCGAGCUCGUCCCCACGGACGGCCCUCCUAGUUUCCGUGGUCAGGCAGUGAAGUAUGUAUACAAGCUGACGAUUGGCUGUCAGAGGGUCAACUCUCCAAUCAAGCUGCUGCGUGUCCCAUUCAGAGUGCUUGUACUGCAUGGCAUGCCCGAGCCCCCUUUCCUACAGGAUGAGGAAGUGUCACCAACAAACCCCUUCCUAGAAGAGGAGGAGGGAGGAAGAAGAGACACAAGGCCCCUGGAGCGAGCACUAGACAUGCUAAUGAUCACUACCUCACGCCGCUGUCCACAUCUGUUUAAUAUCACUAACAUGCGAGGGAAGGUGGCCAAAUUCUGUAUCUUUAAGACUGUGUACAGACUAGGAGAGGACAUCAUUGGCACGUUUACUUUUUCCGAGGGAGAUAUUCCAUGUUUACAGUACUCAGUGAGUCUGCAGAGCGAGGAGCAGGUCCAUGAGCAGUACCAGAGGCGACCGGGUCAGGCAGUCAGUGUCACAAGUCAUGGCCGGCACCUGGAGUCCUGCCUCCACACAGCCUCCAGCCACUUCUCUCUGCCUGUUCCUCUCAUUGUUACACCUGGAUUCAGCACUGAUAUCGUAUCCCUAAGAUGGCGUCUACACUUUGAAUUUGUCACAGCAAGAGAGCCAGUGGAGCUGCCUACUGUCCUUCAGAAUCAAUCAGAAGUCACCGUAUGGACCGGGGCAGAGCAGGUGGACGUGGACACCUUUAGCUGGGACUUGCCAAUCAAAGUGCUUCCCACCAAUCCGGCACUGGCUUCAUAUGUUUCACAGUUCACUGGAACAAAUAGUAUCAGUAUCUGAUAUGUGUGUGCUGUGUUCGUGUGUUGAAAUUUCAAGAUCAAAAAACAGCAUCAUCAUCAUGAUUUUGGUCUUUUAUGUUUUUUUUUUUUUGUUUUGUUUGUUUUUAAUCUUGUGUAUGUAUGUGGACCUGAUUUUAACAUUUCAGACAUUAAUAUAGGACCUUAUUCAUAUUUAUUAUAUUCCUGGUGAGUUAAUGUAUCUGAUUUUACAUGAACUCUCCACUACGGAGUUGCUCUAUUUUUAUAUAUAUAUAUGCAUACACAAACGCUUUCCUGUUCAGUGUGUAAUAUCUCUGCUUGUAACAAGCUGACUGAUUACAUAUUAGUUAUUAACAGUGUUUUGAACUCUUGGCAAAUAAAGAGUGAAACCAUA